GGGUGGAGAGGUUACCAGACGGAGAGAUUAUCGGAGGGGCUAUCUACCCGCACUGCGCGCGCAUGCAACUAUAGUCAUAGAGCGGCCUGACUGGGUAAUGGAUUCCUCUUCUUCUUUUCUCCCCAGAUUCGAUAUUCUCGUCGAUGGCUACAAUAGUUUAGAUAGGAAUUCAGUUCCACCUCUUGCCACAACUGGCCAAUCCAUGGCUUCAUCGCCACAAUCUUUGUCUGAGGAGAACCCCAUCACAGCCCAAAAUCCGACCCAACAUCAGCGUGAAAAACGCCACCAUUGCACGAUGCCAGUGGAUCAGGAAACCAGAAGCCAGUGCAUGCGGUUGCAUCCUGGGCUGCUCCGCCUGGCUGGCCUUCUUUCACUUCCUCUUCGGGUGCUGCCGGUGACGCUCUGCUGAUACCUGUCUGACAGGACCACUCUGACUCUUCCUCUCCCUUUCCUCCCGUUUUCGAACUUUGACUCUGUCUGUAGAGAACCCUACCGAAAAAAAGAAAGCAAGAAGGGAAAAGCAAAAUGGUUGUCGUUCUGGAGAAGAUGAACAUGGCCAUCGCUGCCAGCAUCGGUCUGGUGGCUGAGACCAU